AUGAAAAUCCUCGACAGCAGAGUCAAUGGUUUCAACACAGAUCCCCAUGUAUUCGUGCGACUGUCAGCUGGUUUUCAGAGACUUCUGCCUUUGCUGUACUUGGAGACCCCUAAACUGCAGAACACCUCAGUAUCUGCUGAUACCAUGAGCGAACAAAAAGGAAAUGAUGCACGACCUCCCGGACACGAGGACGGCGAAAACGAGUCCCUCUGCUUCGAGACUAGAGCGCAGCUGGAGAAAAUGUUCUCCGACAGUCACCUGGCGGAGAACAGCUUUCUGCUGAAACACGUGCUGAAGAACAAGCACGGCUACGUCAGCCUCAAACUUCUUACUUCUUUGAAAAAGAUAAAAUCCCUGACCAGCGACUGGAACGUAACUCUGAUGGCUGCAGAGUGCUCUGACCUCCUGGAGGUCAACGACGACUGCACCAAGGUGAGGCGCAAGGAGCCGCUUCCCAGCUGGCUGCUGUGCUCCCCGACCAACAAGUUCCUGCUCAUCUGGGAUGUUUCCAGGAGGCCGGGCGGCCAGGGCGUGGCCUCCCAGGGCCAGGGAGAUGUGGCCUCGCAGGGCCACGAUUCCCUUUUACUCAAGGUGCUCCAAAGGUUUGGCAACAACGGCAGCGUGGCGUCUGUCUGGAUCCUGCACCCUGGUGACGACCUGCCCAAAGAGCUGCAGCAGUAUGCCAAACACAACAAAGAGCUCAGCCGAGUCGUGUGUGCCGUUGUGAAGUUUAAUAGUCUGGAAGGGGCUCGGGAGGCCUUCAGCGCCCUGAGGGCGGAGGAGGAGGAGGAGGAGGUUGAUGGGAUAAGUUUACGUGUGGCACAAAUGGGAUUCAAGUCGGUGCGGGACUCAAUCAGGUCUGAACCCCCAGAGGAGGAAAGCAGGAGCCAAACUGGGGAGAUCCCACGCCCUCAGGAACAUCCCCUUGACGUUAUGAAGGUUAAAGUCGGGCCAGAACCUUCUCCUCCUCAGGAUGUGUUUGAAGAACCUCGAGGAACAUACUAUCCACAAGUAUGUUUCAAGGACUCAAUGAAACAAUACUUUGAAAAGCAUUGUUUGCGCCCCCCUUAUACACUGAAACAGGACAGUAGGAUAGAUUACUCCUGUGGAGACUGUAACGUGGAAAGCCCGUGGGUACUCAGGCGCAAGUGUGCCGCCACCGCUGCAGGUCACCUAGACAUGACCCGGCCCAGGAACGUGCCCUAUCUGAUGCAGGGCGUCCUCCGUCAGCCGCGCGGCCCCGACGGCUCCAAGGGGUUUCACGCCAGAAGGGAAUCAUUCGGCAGCCUCGGAUGA